UGGCUCAGCAACCGGCCAUGCUCGUCAGCGCCACGUGUGCGCACGGCGUGCCGGCGGGCAGUUACAUCAGUGUCACCAGCGGCGGGCAAAGGACGCUGCGGCGACUGGCCUUGGGCAGGACCCUGCGCUUCCCGGCCUCCGGCAGCCUUAAGCUGGAGGUCUUGGAGGUGGUAGGCUCCUGCCACAUCGUCCGGCAGCCGGGACACCAGAGCGUGACCGUGUCGCUGCCCCAGCGGAUGGAGCUGGAGGUGGAGAUCCUCCCCGAUAACGGGAAGACUGCAGACAUCCACAAAGCGGCCAGCUCAGAGGAGAAUGGUCAAUACCUGGCCGCGCACGGCCUGCCGGACUACUUCAAGUCCUUGGUCGCCACACUUCUCCUACAGAAGCCUCCAGAUCCCUUUGCCUGGAUGACAUCGCAGCUGACAGGACAAAUCACAGCAGUCAGCCCAGCUCAGAUUGCACAAGUACGGCGUGCGCCUAGCUUCAAGGGAGGUGCCUGCGUGAUCACUGGUCCAAGUGGUGUGGGCAAGUCCACCUUGAUCAAGAAGCUCAUGGCAGAAUUCCCUGGGCAAUUUGGCUUUUCUGUGUCGCACACGACUCGAGACCCACGACCAGGGGAGCAGGAUGGUGUGGACUACCACUUUGUCUCGCGCGAGCAGAUGCAGCGGGAUAUUGAUGCAGGGCUGUUUGUGGAGCAUGCCGAGGUGCAUGGCAACCUCUAUGGUACGUCCAUGGCAGCAGUAGAGGAUGUGACGAGGAAAGGCAGGGUGUGCCUGCUGGACAUCGACGUGCAGGGCGCAGCCAAUGUGCGAAAGUCGUCUCUGUCAAAGACUUGCUCUUUUGUUUUCUUUGCCCCGCCCACUGCAGCAGUGCUGGAGCAGCGCUUGCGCGGAAGAGGCACAGAAACCGAGGAGAGGAUUCAGAAGCGGCUUACGGGUUCCUUGAAAGAGCUCGCCAUCUAUGAGUCGGACCCGGAUGCAUGGGAUCUGACGCUGAAGUGGCACAAUGAGCAGGUGGAAGAUGCAUACCAAGAGUUCCGCAGCUUUCUGGUGAACCAGAUUCCGGAGGCAAGCGCUGCAGCAGACAUUGCCACUGUAAGACGGGCUCCCAGUUUCAAGGGAGGUGCCUGCGUGAUCACUGGUCCAAGUGGUGUGGGCAAGUCCACCUUGAUCAAGAAGCUCAUGGCAGAAUUCCCAGGGCAAUUUGGCUUUUCUGUGUCGCACACGACUCGAGACCCACGACCAGGGGAGCAGGAUGGUGUGGACUACCACUUUGUCUCACGCGAGCAGAUGCAGCGGGAUAUUGAUGCAGGGCUGUUUGUGGAGCAUGCCGAGGUGCAUGGCAACCUCUAUGGUACGUCCAUGGCAGCAGUAGAGGAUGUGACGAGGACAGGCAGGGUGUGCCUGCUGGACAUCGACGUGCAGGGCGCAGCCAAUGUGCGAAAGUCGUCUCUGUCAAAGACUUGCUCUUUUGUUUUCUUUGCCCCGCCCACUGCAGCAGUGCUGGAGCAGCGCUUGCGCGGAAGAGGCACAGAAACCGAGGACAGGAUUCAGAAGCGGCUCACGGGUUCCUUGAAAGAGCUCGCCAUCUAUGAGUCGGACCCGGAUGCAUGGGAUCUGACGCUGAAGUGGUACAAUGAGCAGGUGGAAGAUGCAUACCAAGAGUUCCGCAGCUUUCUGGUGAACCAGAUUCCGGAGGCAAGCGCUGCAGCAGACAUUGCCACUGUAAGACGGGCUCCCACUUUCAAGGGAGGUGCCUGCGUGAUCACAGGUCCAAGUGGUGUGGGCAAGUCCACCUUGAUCAAGAAGCUCAUGGCAGAAUUCCCAGGGCAAUUUGGCUUUUCUGUGUCGCACACGACUCGAGACCCACGACCAGGGGAGCAGGAUGGUGUGGACUACCACUUUGUCUCGCGCGAGCAGAUGCAGCGGGAUAUUGAUGCAGGGCUGUUUGUGGAGCAUGCCGAGGUGCAUGGCAACCUGUAUGGUACGUCCAUGGCAGCAGUAGAGGAUGUGACGAGGAAAGGCAGGGUGUGCCUGCUGGACAUCGACGUGCAAGGAGCAGCCAAUGUGCGAAAGUCGUCUCUGUCAAAGACUUGCUCUUUUGUUUUCUUUGCCCCGCCCACUGCAGCAGUGCUGGAGCAGCGCUUGCGCGGAAGAGGCACAGAAACCGAGGAGAGGAUUCAGAAGCGGCUCACGGGUUCCUUGAAAGAGCUCGCCAUCUAUGAGUCGGACCCGGAUGCAUGGGAUCUGACGCUGAAGUGGCACAAUGAGCAGGUGGAAGAUGCAUACCAAGAGUUCCGCAGCUUUCUGGUGAACCAGAUUCCGGAGGGAAGUGCUGCAGCGGACGUUGCCACUGCAAGACGGGCUCCCAGUUUCAAGGGGGGUGCCUGCGUGAUCACAGGUCCAAGUGGUGUGGGCAAGUCCACCUUGAUCAAGAAGCUCAUGGCAGAAUUCCCUGGGCAAUUUGGCUUUUCUGUGUCGCACACGACUCGAGACCCACGACCAGGGGAGCAGGAUGGUGUGGACUACCACUUUGUCUCGCGCGAGCAGAUGCAGCGGGAUAUUGAUGCAGGGCUGUUUGUGGAGCAUGCCGAGGUGCAUGGCAACCUCUAUGGUACGUCCAUGGCAGCAGUAGAGGAUGUGACGAGGAAAGGCAGGGUGUGCCUGUUGGACAUCGACGUGCAAGGAGCAGCCAAUGUGCGAAAGUCGUCUCUGUCAAAGACUUGCUCUUUUGUUUUCUUUGCCCCGCCCACUGCAGCAGUGCUGGAGCAGCGCUUGCGCGGAAGAGGCACAGAAACAGAGGAGAGGAUUCAGAAGCGGCUCACGGGUUCCUUGAAAGAACUUGCCAUCUAUGAGUCGGACCCGGAUGCAUGGGAUCUGACGCUGAAGUGGUACAAUGAGCAGGUGGAAGAUGCAUACCAAGAGUUCCGCAGCUUUCUGGUGAACCAGAUUCCGGAGGCAAGUGCUGCAGCAGACAUUGCCACUGCAAGACGGGCUCCCAGUUUCAAGGGGGGUGCCUGCGUGAUUACGGGUCCAAGUGGUGUGGGCAAGUCAACCUUGAUCAAGAAGCUCGUGGCAGAAUUCCCUGGGCAAUUUGGCUUUUCUGUGUCGCACACGACUCGAGACCCACGAGCAGGGGAGCAGGAUGGUGUGGACUACCACUUUGUCUCGCGCGAGCAGAUGCAGCGGGAUAUUGAUGCAGGGCUGUUUGUGGAGCAUGCCGAGGUGCAUGGCAACCUCUAUGGGACGUCCAUGGCAGCGGUAGAGGAUGUGACGAGGAAAGGCAGGGUGUGCCUGUUGGACAUCGACGUGCAAGGAGCAGCCAAUGUGCGAAAGUCGUCUCUGUCAAAGACUUGCUCUUUUGUUUUCUUUGCCCCGCCCACCGCAGCAGUGCUGGAGCAGCGCUUGCGCGGACGAGGCACAGAAACAGAGGAGAGGAUUCAGAAGCGUCUCACGGGUUCCUUGAAAGAACUUGCCAUCUAUGAGUCGGACCCGGAUGCAUGGGAUCUGACGCUGAAGUGGUACAAUGAGCAGGUGGAAGAUGCAUACCAAGAGUUCCGCAGCUUUCUGGUGAACCAGAUUCCGGAGGCAAGCGCUGCAGCAGACAUUGCCACUGUAAGACGGGCUCCCAGUUUCAAGGGAGGUGCCUGCGUGAUCACUGGUCCAAGUGGGGUGGGCAAGUCCACCUUGAUCAAGAAGCUCAUGGCAGAAUUCCCUGGGCAAUUUGGCUUUUCUGUGUCGCACACGACUCGAGACCCACGAGCAGGGGAGCAGGAUGGUGUGGACUACCACUUUGUCUCGCGCGAGCAGAUGCAGCGGGAUAUUGAUGCAGGGCUGUUUGUGGAGCAUGCCGAGGUGCAUGGCAACCUCUAUGGUACGUCCAUGGCAGCAGUAGAGGAUGUGACGAGGAAAGGCAGGGUGUGCCUGCUGGACAUCGACGUGCAGGGCGCAGCCAAUGUGCGAAAGUCGUGUCUGUCAAAGACUUGUUCUUUUGUUUUCUUUGCCCCGCCCACUGCAGCAGUGCUGGAGCAGCGCUUGCGAGGAAGAGGCACAGAAACCGAGGAGAGGAUUCAGAAGCGGCUUGCAGGGUCCUUGAAAGAGCUUGCCAUCUAUGAGUCGGACUCGGAUGCAUGGGAUCUGACGCUGAAGUGGCACAAUGAGCAGGUGGAAGAUGCAUACCAAGAGUUCCGCAGCUUUCUGGUGAACCAGAUUCCGGAGGCAAGUGCCGCAGCAGACAUUGCCACUGUAAGACGGGCUCCCAGUUUCAAGGGAGGUGCCUGCGUGAUCACUGGUCCAAGUGGUGUGGGCAAGUCCACCUUGAUCAAGAAGCUCAUGGCAGAAUUCCCUGGGCAAUUUGGCUUUUCUGUGUCGCACACGACUCGAGACCCACGAGCAGGGGAGCAGGAUGGUGUGGACUACCACUUUGUCUCGCGCGAGCAGAUGCAGCGGGAUAUUGAUGCAGGGCUGUUUGUGGAGUAUGCCGAGGUGCACGGCAACCUCUAUGGGACGUCCAUGGCAACAGUACAGGAUGUGAUGAGAAAAGGCAGGGUGUGCCUGUUGGACAUCGACGUGCAGGGCGCAGCCAAUGUGCGAAAGUCGUCUCUGUCAAAGACUUGCUCUUUUGUUUUCUUUGCCCCGCCCACUGCAGCAGUGCUGGAGCAGCGCUUGCGAGGAAGAGGCACAGAAACAGAGGAGAGGAUUCAGAAGCGGCUCACAGGGUCCUUGAAAGAGCUUGCCAUCUAUGAGUCGGACCCGGAUGCAUGGGAUCUGACGCUGAAGUGGUACAAUGAGCAGGUGGAAGAUGCAUACCAAGAGUUCCGCAGCUUUCUGGUGAACCAGAUUCCGGAGGCAAGUGCCGCAGCAGACAUUGCCACUGUAAGACGGGCUCCCAGUUUCAAGGGAGGUGCCUGCGUGAUCACUGGUCCAAGUGGUGUGGGCAAGUCCACCUUAAUCAAGAAGCUCAUGGCAGAAUUCCCUGGGCAAUUUGGCUUUUCUGUGUCGCACACGACUCGAGACCCACGAGCAGGUGAGCAGGAUGGUGUGGACUAUCACUUUGUCUCACGCGAGCAGAUGCAGCGGGAUAUCGAUGCAGGACUGUUUGUGGAGCAUGCCGAGGUGCAUGGCAACCUCUAUGGGACGUCCAUGGCAGCAGUAAAGGAUGUGAUGAGAGAAGGCAGGGUGUGCCUGCUGGACAUCGACGUGCAGGGCGCAGCCAAUGUGCGAAAGUCGUCUCUGUCAAAGACUUGCUCUUUUGUUUUCUUUGCCCCGCCCACUGCAGCAGUGCUGGAGCAGCGCUUGCGCGGAAGAGGCACAGAAACAGAGGAGAGGAUUCAGAAGCGGCUCACGGGUUCCUUGAAAGAGCUUGCCAUCUAUGAGUCGGACCCGGAUGCAUGGGAUCUGACGUUGAAGUGGUACAAUGAGCAGGUGGAAGAUGCAUACCAAGAGUUCCGCAGCUUUCUGGUGAACCAGAUUCCGGAGGCAAGUGCUGCAGCAGACAUUGCCACUGUAAGACGGGCUCCCAGUUUCAAGGGAGGUGCCUGUGUGAUCACUGGUCCAAGUGGUGUGGGCAAGUCCACCUUGAUCAAGAAGCUCAUGGCAGAAUUCCCUGGGCAAUUUGGCUUUUCUGUGUCGCACACGACUCGAGACCCACGAGCAGGAGAGCAGGAUGGUGUGGACUAUCACUUUGUCUCACGCGAGCAGAUGCAGCGGGAUAUCGAUGCAGGACUGUUUGUGGAGCAUGCCGAGGUGCAUGGCAACCUCUAUGGGACGUCCAUGGCAGCGGUAGAGGACGUGAUGAGGAAAGGCAGGGUGUGCCUGUUGGACAUCGACGUGCAGGGCGCAGCCAAUGUGCGAAAGUCGUCUCUGUCAAAGACUUGCUCUUUUGUUUUCUUUGCCCCGCCCACUGCAGCAGUGCUGGAGCAGCGCUUGCGAGGAAGAGGCACAGAAACAGAGGAGAGGAUUCAGAAGCGGCUUGCAGGGUCCUUGAAAGAGCUCGCCAUCUAUGAGUCGGACCCGGAUGCAUGGGAUUUGACGCUGAAGUGGUACAAUGAGCAGGUGGAAGAUGCAUACAAAGAGUUCCGCAGCUUUCUGGUGAACCAGAUUCCGGAGGCAAGUGCCGCAGCAGACAUUGCCACUGUAAGACGGGCUCCCAGUUUCAAGGGAGGUGCCUGCGUGAUCACUGGUCCAAGUGGUGUGGGCAAGUCCACCUUGAUCAAGAAGCUCAUGGCAGAAUUCCCUGGGCAAUUUGGCUUUUCUGUGUCGCACACGACUCGAGACCCACGAGCAGGGGAGCAGGAUGGUGUGGACUACCACUUUGUCUCACGCGAGCAGAUGCAGCGGGAUAUCGAUGCAGGACUGUUUGUGGAGCAUGCCGAGGUGCAUGGCAACCUCUAUGGGACGUCCAUGGCAGCAGUAAAGGAUGUGAUGAGAAAAGGCAGGGUGUGCCUGCUGGACAUCGACGUGCAGGGCGCAGCCAAUGUGCGAAAGUCGUCUCUGUCAAAGACUUGCUCUUUUGUUUUCUUUGCCCCGCCCACUGCAGCAGUGCUGGAGCAGCGCUUGCGCGGAAGAGGCACAGAAACAGAGGAGAGGAUUCAGAAGCGGCUCACGGGUUCCUUGAAAGAGCUUGCCAUCUAUGAGUCGGACCCGGAUGCAUGGGAUCUGACGCUGAAGUGGUACAAUGAGCAGGUGGAAGAUGCAUACCAAGAGUUCCGCAGCUUUCUGGUGAACCAGAUUCCGGAGGCAAGUGCCGCCGCAGACAUUGCCACUGUAAGACGGGCUCCCAGCUUCAAGGGAGGUGCCUGCGUGAUCACUGGUCCAAGUGGUGUGGGCAAGUCCACCUUGAUCAAGAAGCUCAUGGCAGAAUUCCCUGGGCAAUUUGGCUUUUCUGUGUCGCACACGACUCGAGACCCACGACCAGGGGAGCAGGAUGGUGUGGACUAUCACUUUGUCUCACGCGAGCAGAUGCAGCGGGAUAUCGAUGCAGGACUGUUUGUGGAGCAUGCCGAGGUGCAUGGCAACCUCUAUGGGACGUCCAUGGCAGCGGUAGAGGAUGUAAUGAGGAAAGGCAGGGAGUGCCUGUUGGACAUCGACGUGCAGGGCGCAGCCAAUGUGCGAAAGUCGUCUCUGUCAAAGACUUGCUCUUUUGUUUUCUUUGCCCCGCCCACUGCAGCAGUGCUGGAGCAGCGCUUGCGAGGAAGAGGCACAGAAACAGAGGAGAAGAUUCAGAAGCGGCUUACGGGGUCCUUGAAAGAGCUUGCCAUCUAUGAGUCGGACCCGGAUGCAUGGGACCUGACGCUGAAGUGGUACAAUGAGCAGGUGGAAAAUGCAUACCAAGAGUUCCGCAGCUUUCUGGUGAACCAGAUUCCUGAGGCAAGUGCAGCAACCGAAGCCACCACUACAUGAAUCGUGAGAUGAUGCCAGUUGCUGUUUGCAUGAGUUUGUGAAACUCCAAACGGAGUAUUGUUCAGGUUGGUGCAGCACAUCUUUGCAUAUGCAGCCGGUUUGCAUGCUCCAUUCCUCUCCAACAUGCUGCCUUGACCGGAAGGCCCACUUGCAAUCUCUGCAUGGGCAGAGUCAAGGCAUUGGCAUGUUCACGGCUGCCUGAUGCGAAACAGCAGGCUAUCUUCCGCCGGUCUCAUCUUCGGCUCGCUCCCGCCCGCAUGCCCGCAUGCGGUGGGUUGCGGCUCGCCAAAUGGCGAGGCGCCACGUGCAGGCAAAUGAGUGUCAGGUCUCUGGAGG